AUGGCUGGUAGAGAAAAAAAACCACUCAGCAGUAAGCAAUUAGGGGUUAGAAAAGAAAUUGAUAAAACUGGUAAAGUAACGGAAACUACGAAAGACGAUGAAGUUAAUAGUAAAAUAAGAGAAUCAAAACAAGUGCAGAAGGAUGUGAAUCAAGGAAAGAAAUCUGCUGUCAAAAAGAGAUCAACAGGUGGCAUUAAAUCAAGAAAGUGUUUGGAGGCUAUAGAAACAUCUGUAAAAGAUCCUGGUAGUUUAGCUGUUGGCUCUGUUACAUGUUGGAAACCUGCAGGGGGUUCUCAAAACCCCAAAUUGCGUAAAACCAAUAAAUUAAAAAAGACAGGAACAUCUCAAAGUGGGACAAACUUAGGUAAUGAAUUAUUUUCACUUUCAAAAGAUUCAAAACGCUUGCAGAGCUCACGACUGUGUAAGACUAACAAGGUUUCGAAAGGCGGUAAACAGGGGAGCAGAACAUAUGAGGAUACAAAUGUAUCAGAUGAUUCAAACUUUACUACUACAAAAGUACAGAGUCCAAAAUUACGAAGGUUUGCCACACAGAAAUUAUUGACUGGAAAUCCAGAUGUACGGAAUGGAGUGAGAGGUCGUAAUACACCGUAUGUUACAAGGUCAGAUUCCCCAGCUAGAGUUUUGAGAAAUGGAAAGAGAAGAAAACUAAAAGAUCCUAGUCUUCUGGAAGGUCUUGACGUGAGGUACUCCAAACGAAGACGAUUACUUAGUGCGACCAGAGAUGGCAGUGGUAGUGAAUUGGGCAGUAAAAGUGAAACCUGUUUAGAUGAUCAGUCAAGCAUUGCGGAAAGCGAUAGUAGUGUUUAUGAUUUUCCAAGACUGGAAAAUGGCAAAGCAAGUUGGGAUUCUGACUUGGAUUCUAAGAAUAUCAACUCGGAGAGUGAAGUUUCGGAAUCAAAAGAGAGAGUGUCACAUGUUUUACCAUCAGUUGAAAAAGUGGUUGCACAAGAUGAUGAUGAUUUGAAGGAAAUGGGGCACAACAAUGGUUCUAGUGGUGUUUUCUAUGUUGUUCAGAAUCCUUUAAAUGUUUCGGGCGAGAAAGAGGGUUCGAGAACUCCAAACAUUAGAGAAAACCAGAGUUCCAUCAUUUGCAGUGAUGCUUGUUCGCUUAGCCAAGAUGCUGUGGUUCUGAAUUCGUCCGCUGAAGAGAAGCAGUCAGCAGAAUUUGAAAACAUUGCAUCAGUUGAAGGUUGUACAGCAAGUGUUCCUGUGAGUGAUGUAGUACAAGAUACUUUUAAUAUGUGUACUGGUCUGCAGCAAGAGAAGGAAAAUUCUCAUGUUCCCUCUGAGUCUGUUGUUGAAUCGGAUUUGCCAGGCAUUAAAAGUGAUUCUGUUUGUAAUGUAAGUCUUGCGUGUAAAGGGAAUUGUGUCAGUGGUUUCAGCGUUGACGGGAAAGGAUGUAACAGAAAAGAAUGUGGAAAGGGUCCUGACAGCAAAGUUGGUUUGGACAUUAAGGAUGAUGGCAGUGCAGUCCUUCAUGACAGUGAAGUAGAUUGUGAAAAUGUUGUAAGUAAGGUAGAUUCCAAGAACUCAGUCAAACAAUCAAUUAUGGAAUGUGAGAAUUCAGUCAGUCAUGAUUUAGAAACAGAUGUGAGUGGUAGUGGUAGAGUUGUGAUUGACAUUAAUGAUUCUAUCAGUAAAACUAACCCUGAUAUUGAUCAUCAUAUAAAAACAGCCAUUAAUGAGGAUUGUGUUAUGGGCAUGACCAUUAAAAAUUGUAAAGAAGCAGUUAGUGACAUAAUUGAGCAUAAUGAGACUGUAAAUAAUAGCAGUAGUGGGAUAGAUUGUAAAGAAGUAUCUCACAGUGUUCACGAUGGAUAUGAGUAUAGUAAUGCACCUGAUAAACCACAAAGACAAGUUCUUUCUGAAGUGCCAGAAAUUUCUGAUCAUAAAGUGAAGACUGGUUUGGAACAGGUAAUACAUGCAGAAUGUGAAAGUGAUGCUAGUGAAGGAGGUAGAAGUAUUCGUAGAUCAACUCGUUCAUCAGUUGGAAAAGUACGAGCAGCCAUGCUUCACUGUAUAACAGCUGGUAGAACAAAGUCAACAAAACUUGGUUUGCAAGAAAAGAGCCAGGAUGUUGUCAAAGAUGAAGCAGAAUCAUUAUCUGUUUGUUUGACUGAAGAGGGUAGUAACAUGGGUAGUGAAGAUGUUACAUUUUCAUCUCAGAUGAUUUCAGAAGACAGUGGCGAAAUGAAGGAAGUAGAAAGAAGGAAAAAUGCAGUAGUUGCUGAGGCAAACAGCGUACACAAGACAGAGGAUUUGUCACUUAAUACCAGCACAACUGUUCUGAAAACACACAGUGUUCCUUCCAAGGAGAACGAUAUUUAUGUUAGGAAAGAAAAAGAAUUGAGCGAAGAAAAAGAAAAUACCUUGUGUGUUGAUUUGCUUAUCAUUAGAAAUGAAAAUGAAACUUCUGAUACUAAUUUAGAUAUUAAACUGCUAAAAGAAUUUAUUGUUCAACCUGAAAAGACUUCAGAAAAGCAAAUAAUUUUGGACCAAGAUAAAAAACAGAAAAUCCUGGGACCAAAAAUGGUCACUUCUGAUGUGAAUGAUUUUGCUGAAGGUGGCAGUGAAAAUACUGUCAGAAAUGAAGAUUCAUUUGAUUUGAAGCCAGUAGUAAAGAAUGCAAAUGAAAACAUUACAAAUAUUGAAGAUACAUUUGUUGUUGAGUCAGUAGUUAAGGAGAAAAGUAUACUAAGCAUUGAAUCAAACAGUAAAUUUGAAAAUGAGACUGACAACAAAUUACCUGAAGUGACGCAGAUGAAGAAGGAUAGAGUGGAUUGCAUAAGUGAGUUAAAGGAUGUUGAAAAUGAUGGCAUUAGUGAUGUGAAUCAGCGACAAGUUCAUAAAUUACAUAACACUAUUGAACCAUCAUUAUUUUACUCUAAAGAAAUAAAGUCUUGUGAUUCAAAAGACAAGUCUUUAGAUGACAUAGUGAAAGGCAGUGAGAGUGAUAUUUCUGAAAGUCUCUGUGAUUCCAAGGAUCAGCAUGCAAGCAGUUCUACCAAGGAAGAAUUUCCAUCCUGUGUUCCAAAGUGUUCAAGUGAAGUUAGACAGGCAAGUGACAGCAGUAAAUCAUUUUCUGAAGAAGUCUUCCAGAUGAAUGUGGAACAGUGUGAUAAAGUAUCAGGAGAACACAGUGAACAUGUCAUACCUGAUACGAACAGUGUAUUGCACAGUGUUUCAAAAUUUGAAGUUGGCGAGUCACUCCAUGAUGUUUCAAAUUCCGCGGAUGGUAGUGUGGUGGAAAGUUCGAGACAUUUAGAUGCUGGAGGAAAGAAUUCCAAAGUCACAGACUCUGAAAACACAUUUGUGGAAGAGGAUGUGAGUCCAGAAGAGCAAGCCAUCAAAGAAUCAGUCCUCAGUGCUCUUGGACUGCAGCCUCUUCGAGCUAUGCAGGGCGGUGUUGCUUCUGGCAGUCGUAAGAGGCCCUGUGAAGGGAACUAUACUGGAACUCUGAAGACAGUGAUCAAGUUGCAGCGAUCGUCACCUGAGAAGCGCAGAACACCUUUAAAGCUGGUGUUGAAGCAUGGAAAAGCCCACAGUAGUGUGGACGAACCUUCUAUGGAGAAAGGAGAAGAAGAAUUUGAAGAUUUGGACUUUGAUGGACAAGGAAAAAUUGAAUAUAGCAUCUGCAAAGAGACAGGAACAUCAGAUAACACCAAGGAUCCAUAUGCUUUUGGAAUUGGGAGUCGCAAGUGCCUGAAGCCUGCAUACUCUUACCGCUAUUUUGAUAUUAGCAGUAAUCCCCAUUUUAUUGCUGACAAGAGCAAUCCUGGUGAUCGACUAAGUCCAGAAAUUAGCAGCAAAGAUGAUGGGAAAGCUCAAAGCACCAAACAAAGUGGGAACCUGGUAAUCCCAGAGAAAAGUUCAUCAUUCUCCAUACAUCCAGGUCGCCUAUGCUCUGAUGUCUGCAGCUAUUGUUUUGGAAAGUUUGGUUCCCUGGAUACUCCUUGUCACAUAGCACAGCUAAAAAGUAGUGAACGACAGCAGAAAAUACUUCAAGCGGAAACACAUCUGACAGCUGACUCAUGCCUGUGCGAUGCGUGCUAUCGGCAUGUAGAUCGUAAGGCAAAUUGUCCAUCCUACAAGCCAAACAAAAAGCGACAGCACCAUCGAAGUGUCUCAUCACGGAUCAAAACACCAUGUUGUGUCCGGGGUUGCUCACAGAUUGCUGAACAUCAUGUCAGAAGGAAGUGGCUCAUCAAGUUGAAACGAAGUAUUGCUAAGAAGGUUCGAAUUGAUAUGGAUAAAAUGCCUCAGCAUUUACCUUUCCCACUCUGUCUGACACACUACACUUGGAUUGACUACUUCAUGGUGUGUGGGAUUUGCAAGCGACGACUCACUCGCAAUCACAUGUACCCUCUCGGACCAGAGGUGCAUGAGUUGAACACUGCCCUUGAAAGUGAUGGCAUCCCUGCACAUCUGUCAGACAAACUGUUUGUUUGCAAACUGUGUCGUUACUUCUCGUCUGUCAGGUUGAAGUAUAAAGACCCAUCACAGUUGGCAGGGAAUCAAAAAUUGUUCUAUCAGGGCUACAGGAAAAGGCUUCUUCAGUUCCAUAAUAUAGAAGAAGAGGUGGAUGAAGAAACUGCAGAGGAAGCCCCUCCAAAACAAAAACGUCGGAAAACCAAAGCUACAACGUCAGCUGCUGUGAAAGUUGAUGGUGAGGAUGACAGUGGGACCAAGAGUAAGUGUGAAUUGAUCUCACAGUCUGAGAACCAGCAUCUGGGAGAUGCCUUUGGUCCAGCUACAAUAGACUUCAGUAGCCUUGGUGAUGUAUCCAUAGACAGGUCAGGUGCCAGUACACCCAUGAUUGAUUACAGUAGUUUAGGUAAUGGGGCUUCAAAUUCAAACUUAAUUUUGUUUGAUGACAUUGGUUCAUCUCAAAAGCAGACCUUGAAAUUAGGGCGUGUGAAAUCAACAAAGUUAAAGUUGAAAUUGGGCAGUGGUAAGAUCAGCAACUUGAAUUACAACCAAAGUGAAGAACCGAGCAGUAGGUCCAUACUGCUUCCAGUACGAGAUGGUCUUGAAGUUACUCCGGUACAUGAUUCACUCAGCAAGCCAUUCUAUCCUGGUGUUGAAGAACUUCCAUUGCAUGCAAAUUUUGAGUUUCAUGGCAAGAAGGAGCAGGAAACUUCUAAUAACAGACGAGGAGAGUGGGAGAAAUGUACGGCUACCAUUCAGUUUGAUAAGGACACUAAAAUUUUGUUCCAACAGCUACAGCGUCCAUAUGGUAAUCAUUCGAGUUUCUUUCGUCACCUUAUUCUUUUGGAGAAAUAUUGGAGAUCAGGGGAGUUGAUUCUUGCUCCCAGUGCUAGUUCCAGAGCCACGAACUAUGUAAACAGUGUUCAGAAUCGUAUUCAAGCCUAUGAAGGGCAUCCAUCCAGUGCUCAUCUUGGCUCUCCUUUUAUUUCUUCACCUCAUUUGUCCAGUACAACUUCAGCCACAUCAGUACCUGUAAUAGAUCUCCCUUUGAAACGAAGGCUGGGAGGUGGUAUUCUUACAGCAUCUGAUGGUUCCACAAGACCUGUAACAAUAACCAGAAUGUCCGGUGUCAGCAUAGCGCCUCGGCCAGUGACAUUCACAUCAGUGUCAUCAGCAGGAGUUUCGUCGUCCCAGUCUCGUAUGCCAGUGUUCACAGCUUUCCCACAAAAUUCCCCAUCUCCUGUUCCCCGAAAAGUGAUAAUGGACACGGUUGCGACUUCAGUGGCGAGCCACUUUCAACAGAGCAGGAGGAUACCAAAUGUUCUCCAAGUCACAGCUGGUGGUAAAUCUUUCUCCAUAGUGCCAGGUUUGACACAGAUACGCCACAUUCAAUCAUUUCAGCAACAGCAGCAUCAGUUUCAAAGAGAGCAGCAGCAAGAAAGUUCGUGUUUUGGGCCUUUGAUUUGUGAUGUCCGAUCCUUAGCCACUGAAAAUGGCUCAGCUCUGUGGGAUCAAAAUGUGACACAACAGAGUGGUAAGAGCAACCAAAAACCAAAUAUAUCAGUGUCAUUGUUACCAAAGACAAGCACUGGUACUACCUUUAAACCUUCUACAAUUGUUACUCCAACUGGCAUCAUUCUAUCUAGGAAACCAGAAAUUAGUGUUACAGCAGUUACAGAGAAAAAGGAUGUUACUUUAAAACCAAAAGCAAUUUCAUCUAAAAGGGACAGUGUUUCCAAAGUCAAACCAUCAUCAGAAAAAUUAGAUUUAAUGAAAACAAAAGCAGUUCUAGAGGAAAAAGAGAUUGUGUUGCAAGAAGCAGUUUCAGAACUGAAGGAUAGUUUGCCACUAACAAAGUGCUGAGCCAGAAUGCCUUGAGUUCCAGAUUGCAAAUCACCCAAUGUCAUAACUUCUGUGCAGAAGAGACAAUUUUCAGACAUGAGGAAGGUUUUAGUUGGUUGUUUUGUAAUCUGGAAAUGUAAUAGUACGAGCAUGUUUAUGCUUUGUGUUAACCAUGGUGUUGUCAAUUCUACAUGUUAUUGUACAUAUUUCACAGAUGUUAUGGUACACCUAACUUCAGUCAUAUUCAUUUCUCUUUGAAUGAGAAAAGAGAAAGAACCUAUGUUUCUUUAAGAGCAAUUCACAAAAUUCUAAUAUUUGACAAGUAGAAUGAAGGCAUCAGUUUCUAUUUUCAGAAACGUUUUAUGCAAUGUUUGAAUGUGUAUAAUAUUUGAAUCAUUGCAUGAUUGUAUAUCGUGUGGACAGUUUUAAAUGGUUAUUUAACCAAAUAUAAUGAAUCACUGUUGAAAUUAAAUAAUAUUGUUAUUAUCAUCAUCAUUGUAUUUGUUUAAUGUACUGUAACAAAUUUCAUUUUAAGAAUUUGUCAGUUUAUGUAUUCCUCUAAACUUGAUUCGUGAUUAUUAUCCUUAGGUUUUCAUGGCUAGAGUGUGAUGUAUAUAACUUCAACUUUGGGGAUAAGUUACAGUGAGUGUUGAAGAUGGUCUAAUGUUUCAGCAAUAAUUGCAGAUGUCAUCUUCAGAGUAAAUGUCUGUGGGAUGGUGGUGGUGGGAGGAUAAGUCCUUUCACAGAUGUGAUAUUGAGUAGGAGGUGAGUGAAAUCACUGUGUGAGCAGCGAAGCAGAGUGGUACAGUGUGACUCAGGAAAAGAAAUUUUUGAAAAUUGAAAAGGUAGAAUGAAAGAUAGGAAGAAAUGGGAUAAGAAAGAUUAAACCAGGUUUGCAUAGUCUGCCUGCCCUUAAGGAUGAAGUCAAGGUGUGUUUCAUUAUUUUAAUGGCUUUCAUGAUUGUGAGGAUUGAAAGUCCAGAUUGUUUUGUAUCUGCGCAGUGUUUGGGUACAGCUUAUCUUUGGUUCUUCCAUCGCAUGUCUGAUGUAUUCCAAGAUUAUAGUGGAGAUGUGACAGCCCAUUUGGCUGACAUACACUUUCACAAAGGGGCAGGGGAAUCUUGUAUACACCAAGUUUUUGUAUCAUGGAUCCGUGGCAGGCUGCCAUUUGGUAAAAUGGCUUCUUCAUUAGCCUAGAAAUGCAGUAAUUGUUUCCUUGAAUGUAAUGUAUGUGAUGUGGUCUCUUUUCUUAAUCGGAUACAUUAGAAUGGAGAACCAUGUCCACACACCAUAAGAGCCACCGCUGAAAUAAUAAAACACCCCCAUGAUUUUGUUCUAAAAGACAGAUACAGACUAAAGAAAGCCUGAGUUUACCCCUUUUUAUUCAGCCCUUCUACUUAACUUGCUUGCUCAUUGAACAGCCAGUAUCAUAUUGGUUUAAACUUGUCUAUUUCGCUUCUUUCUUUUAUUCUACUCUUUUGUGGACCACCUUCUUUUGCUUCUUCCUUUUUGUCCCACCUUUGCAAUUUCUUAUUACCUAUCCUGAAUUUUCUAAAUUUGAUCCAUCACUUUGAUCUCUGCCAUAACUUCCUGUUGGAUAACACCCAACUUCUUUUCUCAUAAAAUUAUGUCAUAGUUAUCACACAUUUCUCAGUGCCAGGUCUUUGUAAGGCAUUUUUUGUCCCCCAACCCGCACCCUUCCACAAGAACUGAAUUAUGUGCUGAAUAUCGGAACAUCAACACUAGACUCAUCUUGUUCAUAAAGCAAAAGUUGUCAGUAUAUACCAAUCUGUCAUAAUCAUGUUUUAUUUUGCAUACCAACUGACAUUUUUUUGCUUUAAACUGCAAUUGCUUUGGCAGUUGGAAUUGAACCUAUCUUAGUUUUGAAAGCACAUAUGUUUUUGUGAAGAAAUUAUUGUUGUGCUGUUAGUUAGAAGUGAAGCACGUAUCUCUUGUUAUUGAUUGUAAUAAUCAAAUUUAUAUAUCUGAUACUUAUAAAUGCUGUUUUGUCCACAACUAUGAUGAUAGUAAUUUAUCUAUUGUAACAAAGUUCCUUCAUUAUUUUACUGAUUUUAGUUUUUGUAAUUUUGGUCUUGGCCUUGGGAGGCCCUGGUUACGUGAAGUCUAGGACUAAUCCAGUAACUGUGGCAGUGAUGCUGGUUAUUAUGAAAAGCUGGAAAAGUAUCAUCUUUCAUAAGGCAGCAGUGUAUGUAAUUAAACAGUUAAUUAGCAUUUCAUAAUUAAGGAAAUGUACAAAAAUGAAACUGUCAGAUAAAGAAUAAAGUAUAAAAUUUGAGUGGUGAAAAAGUGUAUUUCAUAAAAGGUCAUUCACUGAAGUCAUAUAUUUGGUAUCUUUGUGUCAUGCCAAGAAACGAGAUAGUGUUUGUUGUGAUGGGCUGUGGGAUCAAAUUUACAAUCAGUAAUUAUUUGAUGGAAUGAAAGUUACAUACAGUAUAACCUAAAAGUUUCAUUGUCAGAAUUGACACAAUUUCUUCUGAGCUGUGUUGACUGUGGGUAGCUAAUCUAAUAUCUGCCAUAAUCUUUAAGGAAAAACAGAAUUGUCUACAAUGUGUAACAUACUUGAAACAACACAUAUGUUCAUAUCAGCUGUUUUGGUAAUAGUCUGUUUAUUUUUAUCAUAAAUUCCAGUUGACAUUUUGUAAUGUCUAACAACCACUUGUAUUUAACUCACUAUGUGUUCAGGUUCAUGUUUCAACUGACAAAAGAAAAAUUAAUAUGUACCGGUACUUUCUUUCUGAGCACAGUUUUCUAUCUUAUUUCCACGUAUACCAAAUACAGUAUCACUUCAUAUGUUACUAUAAUCUGUCACACAAUGAAAGAAAUUCACGUCUCUUUAUAAUCAUUCUUUUUACAUUUGAUUUCUUUACUGCAUCAUUAGUUGCCAAGAAGUCAAAACUUGACACGAGUUGGGUCCAAGUGAGAAAUAAUAUUUUAUACUCUGCAAAUAUUUUUGUUGAUAGCAUUUAAUUUUCAAGAAAAUGGAUAUAAAACAUUAAUUAAUCAUUCAAUGUGCUGCAGUUUUUUCCUCCUUUUCUGUGUUUUUUUUUUGUGUGCGUGCACAUCCUGACAUGUGCAUAAAUCAUGGAGUCCCCAUCUCAAAAUUAUGCCAUGCUCUGACUGAACAACCACAAUUACAGUGAAAUAGUUCUUACUGCUUAGAAGGAAUUUGUAAUCUUGUGAUAUCAUAUUUACCUGACUAUAAGACAGGCAUUUUGUUACUUCAGUUACAAUGUAAAAAAUUAACCUUUAUUAGCAAUUAAAGUAGUAGUAGUAGUUUAUUGUUUUUUUGAAAAUUGACAUCUGGCAACAGUGGAUUACCUCAGUAUGAAAAAAUUUGAAAAGCUUUUGGUAUUUGACUUUCAUUUUUGUUAUAUUGUCAUUAAAUUUAUUUUGUUUUAUAUUCUUGAAACUGUCAUUCUGUCUUUGACACAUCCAUCUUACAUGAAUUUGUAUGUAAAACAUCUUUGCUACCGCUUAACCCAGAGUUGCUUAAAGUGUUGUACAGGUAUGGUGAUUUUGUGAUUUGCCACAGUUACCAGAUGCUACUCGGUUCUUAAAUGCAUGUGAUCCUUUGUGGUAAUUGUUGAGAACUGAUUUCAAAGUAUGGUGUGCAGUAUUAGUAUUGAUGGUGAGGAUUUAUUGGUAAUUGACGUUACGUAUCUUAAUAGUCCUAGUUUUCUAAGUGUUUACAGUGAUUGUGUCAACUAACAGUAGUUGCACAAAGCAGGUCAUGGGGGACAACUUGGAAUCAAAAGAGAUCCUUGAUAUGCAGAUUCCAUUGUUCUCUUGAUUAAUUAUCGUGCAUACAGAGAAACCAAUAUUGCAUAGCAUCAAGGAAGUACAAUAUUUCUGGGGCCAAUGCAUGACAGUCGAAGAAAGUAAAGAAUAGUUAAUACUAGGUGCAAGUCAUACCAGAAAGAACAUUCUGUGGAGCUAAAAUGGACUGUUACGAAGAGAUGGGGAAAGGAAGUUUUGUUCAUGCUGGAGAAUUGCACCUAAGAAUUUUAUCUAGGCAAGUUAUAAAAUUUUUCACUGUGAGUGGGGGUUGUACUUAUAUCUGAAGACAUCUUGUAGUCAGGUAAAUAUAACAUUUUCCUACAAGUGACAGCUACUUACUUCCAUGUAUACAUGUCACUCGGACUGAUGUGUCUUUGCACUAAUCUGUGUGGAUUUGAAAGUUCAAAUCCAUGUUUUAUUUAAAUUAGCCAUUUGAAUCUGACAAGAACAGGGGGGAAUUAAUUCCAUCUGAUAUCUUAAUAUUUAGUUUUCCAUGUUUUAGUUCUAGUUGUAAAGGAGCUCAAAUACUAUAUCUGUACUUUAGGAUAGCAAAUUGCACAAAAAUCCAGUAGAAAGUUGCUCUACCUUGGCAAUCCAUAUCUGUGUGUAUGUGACAAAGAGAGAGUCAUUUUACAAAAUUUGACCCAUUUCCUCCCACAAUAUUGAACAUUCAUUGAAUGGUAAUUAGUAAUCAAAAAUCAGUGUUAUUAAUGUUCAGUUUAAUGUCAUCUAGCUUGAAAGAGAUGAACAUUUUAACCAACUGUGAUUAACACAGCUCUGAUAUAACAUUUAGAUGCAAUCAAAUCUAGGACCGGUAUUGGAAGUAGAUGUUAUUUUGAAACACUUCUCGGAAUCUCUCUGAAAUCCAGUUACUUUUUGAUGCUGAUAUGAACAUAUGUUUAGUUCUCAAACUGUAACAAUACUAUUUUAUCAUGCUUAUAGUAACAAAUAGGACAUCUGCUGCUUAAACAUUAUUUGUCUUUCACCUAGUAGAUAAAAAAAUUGUUUAUAUCAAUCAAACUUACAUAGUCUUUCUGUCUGCCAAUUUUUUUAAACGUCAGAUAGUCAAAUGUGUUAUACUAUUGGCAAAUGUUUCCUCACUGCAUAAGAAAAUUGGGUGAAGGUUCACAAUUUGGGAUGGAGGGUACAUAAAUUCAGUGAGAUGCCCAUGACAUGUUAUUACACAUUUUAAAUAAAUACAGUAGUAAUGAAGUACUUAUAAAUAGUUAAAUACUGCUACAAGUUUAAGAAUUGGGCAAGAUGUUUUAUAAUGUGUGUGUCUGUAUUGUUGCCAUAAGAUAUUUAACUGGGUGACAUUCCAUGUUUUGUAAGAUCUCAACGAAUCCCGAUCAUGUAAUAUUCAUAUCCAGGUGCAGGGAUUGCCUUAAAUCUCUGCAAAUGUCAUAUUGGCUGCAUAUUUGACCAAGAUGCCUUUUUAUAUUUUUUUCUUGUACUUUCAUGAAUGGUAUCUACAUACUCAACAACUUUCUUCACAAAAUACAUGUGCAUAAUUUAGAAAUCCUACACAUUAAUUAUGAAAAUGUAUUCAAAAACAAUCUUAAUUAAAAUGCAGGUCUUUAAGAUCAUUACUGUCUAUCAAAAUAUGUAGAUUUGAGCUUUAAAGUCACUUGGUAUAGGAUUAAAUAGAGAACCAGCUCAAACACUGCAGAAGCGAGCAUAUGUCAGGAGUUGGCAUACAGGUUUGUAAAAUUGUGUGUUAAUAAUAAUUUUUACUAUUGAGGUUUUGAAGUUCACAUCUGAUUAACAGCUGUUACCAGUAUUGUAUUUCUAUUAAUUAUGACUUUACUGUCUAAGAACACUUCUGCUUUCGAUGUGAAAUUUUUGUGUAGAUCACCUAGCAACUAAACCUCUCCACCUGUCUCUCUUCUUCGUCUGUUCUUCAAAUUUUCUUUCUUUCUAUAUGACACUUUUCUAACCAGUUGUUUCCAUCUUGACUGGUGUAUGUGUGUCUUACUUUGAGUUGUAUGUUGAUUAUAUUCUGUGGAAUUCUUCCUUCAUUAAUUCUUUGAAUGCGUGUCUGUGAUCUUAUUCGGUUAUUUAUUAACGCAUAUUUUCUGAUAAAAUUUUGUUCCUCCUCCUCCUCCAGAACAUCAGGUGAAUUUUAUACUGGCUAAGAUCCUUUAUACAGACAAACAUACACUGUCCCUUCAUCACAACACUCACAUGUAGUGUACUUAAUUAAUUAAUACAUUUGUCAGUGCCUGUCUUGUCUUAUCCCUAAUUGAUUGUUACAACAAGGUGUGUCUGAGCAUUACAAAAUUGUUUGCAGAUCAUGUCAUUUAAGUAGGAUUUGAGGUUUUCAU